UGUCAGGCGUCAAUACGUGAGAGUGGAUUCUGAUAUUUUGUACAUGUGACUGUAAUUUUGUGUUUGUGCUACAUGAAUCCGCAUAACUAUGACUGUAUCAUUUAGUGACUCCAAUUUGUGAGACCAUCAAGGGAGACGAUCACGCAACUACUCGAGUGAAUUUGUGCCCAAAGACUUUAUACUAUAGACACUGAUACCUGUUCAUUUCAUAUCAUUCUGGUUGUUCAUACUGUGCGGUGAGCUCAUCAUUUGACACUUUUUCAUGCGUAUAGCAUGGCCAUAUAUGUUUUAUCAGUAUUCAUGUCUUGAUGCUGUCAUGUGUAUAUAUAGUCGCGAUGGUACCAUGCGCUGAUGUUGUCGCGGUCAUGUUGUUCUAAUAUUGUCGCGAUUGUGUUCAGAUAUUGUCGCGAGUUUGGGGCCUGAUAUUGUCGCGGUGCUCUCAUGACUUGAUAUUGUUGCGAUAUAUUAUCACGUAACCCUGAGUUAACUUUGAUUCAUUUUGCAGUCUUGAAUUUGGUUUAUUUUCCCUGUUAGACUUUGACUGAAUAAUAGGGUGUUAUUGAUUUUGCAUGUGUGAAUACUGGGCUUAAUUAAUAAGCAUUUAAUCAACAAACUAUACAUAUAAUACUUAGUAUUAGAUAAAUCUCAGUUAAAUUAAAUUUUCAUUUAAGAGCCAGUAUCAAUAAAAUUUUAAGGUUCUUAGUUUAAUACCUUAGUAUUCUCAAUACAGUUGCUUGUAUUUAGUUAUUAGUACUCAGUAUUCAGAUUUGGUGUGUUGUUAUCUGAAGGUGUUUUACUUGGGUCAAGUUAGUUGUCUUUCUAGUUAGAUGGUUUAUUUAGUCAGUCUUUUGUGUGGCAUUCUCAAGUUUCAGCUUUCAUUUCCUGCGUUACACCUGUGUAAGUUUAUCAUGUAAAUAUUACUAUCCUAAGCAUAUAGCAUAUAUCCCUCUAUACUGCCCAGUAUUAUAUAGCCUAUACCAGUACUUUAUCCAUUGUACCAAACACUAUGUAAUUCAUACUUACUAACCAGUACCCAUACCUGGUGUAUAACAUAGCUGUUUACUUGCCUGUAGUAUACAUAUCUCAAGCACAUAUAUAUACAUGUAGUGUAGGUAUCACACUUGAAGUGUUCUUGUAUACAAGUCAGGAUUUAUACCUGCAGUGUAUACUUUAUAACAGGGUGGUCAUCAGGUCAUCAGCUCAUUUAUUAUGGCGUCCGAUGGUAUGUCUAAAGAGGAGAUAGACCAGCUUGUGUCUACUCUCAAUACACUAAAGUUACGCCCUAAGUCAGGUUCCCCAGAAGACUUUAUGAAUUGGAUGCGGGAAUGCUUUGGUACCCCACUGGUAAAGACCGAAUCGGAGGAUCCAGAAGUACCAUAUGAGGCCAAGGCAAAUACAGAUACCAUAAUCAAGGUGGCAGAGGUACCACGCCUACCAUUCUUUUCUGGAGAUGGCAGCAAAGAUGCGACAUAUGAUAUUUGGCGAUAUGAGGUGCAGUGUAUCUUCCAGGACAAGCUACACUCGGAGGACAACAUCAAGCAAGCCAUCAGGAGGUCACUCAAGGGAACUGCCGCUAGAGUUUUACUUAGGUUAGGCCCACAUGUUGAUGGAAGCUCUAUUUUAGCUAAAAUGGACAGCGUCUUUGGGGAAGUAGAUGCCACGGAGACACUGCUUGCAAAGUUCUACUCAGCUAAACAGACAGAGACGAAGUCAGUUGCUACCUGGGCUGUACGUCUAGAAGAUCUCUUGGGACAGGCCAUCGAUGCAGGAGAAGUUGCAUCUCACAAACGGGACAGGAUGCUUAGAUCCAUGCUAUGGACGAGACUUCUACCUAAGUUGAAGGACGUUUCUGGCCAUAAGUAUGACCAGAGCCACACCUACAGUGAUCUUCUCAUCAGCCUUAGAAGAAUAGAACAGGAACUCAAGACACGUGAAGAGCCGCCUGUUCUACUCUCCCACUCUACUGAUACUAAGAAGCCUACUCCUGGUAUGGCAGCUGUCACUAAGGAGAAUAAGGAACUGGCAGAGAUCAAGGGGAUGAUCAGAAAGCUUACAGGUGAAGUGGCCGACCUCAAGAAGAAGUGUGAUACACCCCCUCAAACCCAGGCACAACCCACAGUUGAACCUUCAGGCAGCUGGUACCCGUCAUUUCAGGAAUUCCACAGGAUGCCGCAACAUACCCAGGGUCCUCCAGCUCAGUAUUCACCCCCUACUUUGUUUCAUGCUCGGAACACCAAUGCCCAGGGACAGCAAGCCUUUAAACCUAGGACAAUCAGACUAAGACAAAGAUGGACAACUGAUGCCUAUGGACAACCUACUCCCAUCUGCUACCGAUGUGGACAACCUGGACAUGUCAGCUACAAGUGCACAGUUAGGAUGGAUCACAGUUGGGGUCCGUUAAACUGAG